AUGUCACUCCCUUCUGCACAAAGAGUAUUUCUUGAAUCUAUAGCAUCGGCCGAUCCAGAAGGACGUUUUGUAAUCGUUGACGAUAUUCAAACAUUUUAUAAAAUAUCGGUUCCUCAACAAGAAGAGAAGAAAGAGGAAUUACAACACGUUAAUAACAACGACAACACAAAUCCAGAUAAACCUGUGAUUUUAUGUCUUCAUCACAUUUUAGGAGAUUUAUAUGAAUGGAAAUAUAUCAUGCAACCACUUGCUAAUGCUACAGGUUGUCAUGUAAUAGCUUACGAUAGGAUAUCUUUUGGUUUGACCGAAAGGCCAAUACAAUGGGAAAAAGACAAAAAUCCUUACACACAAGAAGCUUUAUGUGAAUUUAUAUUGAAGUUUUUAUCGUGUUUAGGAUAUGCUGAUAAAAAGAUUGUAUUUGUUGGAGCAUCUGCUGGUGGUGCAAUAAGUUCUUAUCUCUCAAUAAAAUAUCCACAUAUUACUUUUGCUUUAAUUCACGUUUGUCCUGCUAUAAAAGUUGAAGAUCAAGGUCCACCACCCAUUGCAUGUAUGAUUCUAGGAUCAUUUCUUGGAAAAUUGGUUUUGAAAUAUUAUCUAUCCAGAGAGGUACCGUCCCGAUUGUUAUAUUACGAUGUAAAGUCGAUUCCUGAUUGGGAAACUGUGAUCAGGCCUCAUUAUAGAGUACAGUUAACUUUACCAAAUUUUUACGAAGCGUUUUCAUUUCAAUUAAAAUAUUUUACUCCACUUGAAAUUCUACCACAUAAAAAUGUAUUACAAAAAAUUUCAACUUUAUUCAUAGUAGGAAGUGAUGACAAAUAUACAACAUGCGAUGCACAUAAAAAGGUAUUUGAAGAAAUCGAAUCGAAUUCACCUUCUGAUUCGAUCUUGGAAUUUAAAGUAUUAACACAAUGUGCACAUUUACCUCACGAAGAAAAACCUCAAGAAUGUGAAGUAGAAAAUUCAUUAUGUGCUUUGGAAAUCCUUCAAUGCCUUUGUCCAAGUGACGCUUUGUCUAUAAAUAGUUCGUCCAAUAUACUUAAUAAGUCUAUUGUGUUUGGUAAUGUUCAAGGAGUGUUUUUUAGAAAAUAUACAAAGGAUAAAGCAACAGAAUUAGGAAUUGUUGGAUGGGAUUGGUUAAGCAAUGUGGGUUCUCCUUAUUCGCAUAUUGAAAGAACAGAUUAUAGUGAAAGAAAUAUCGAAUUUAUUGGAUUUACAGAAUUUGAAAUCAAACAUUAG